AUGCAGAAGCUGCUGUCUGCUUUAAAUAAGAAGGGCACACCAAUGUUAGGCACAAUCAAUGCACUUGCGACUGAGUUUCAAGUGUGUAGGAAAACAAUCACACGUUUGUGGAAUGAAGUGAAAAAGCAGAUCACGAAUAACAACACAGUGUUUAACCUCAACAGCAAGAGAGUGGGCAGAGAAGCAGCAAACAAAAUCAAAUUUGAUAAAGAAAAGUUUAAGGCCAUUAAAUAUGAACACAAGUGUACUCAGCAUUCAGUGGCAAAGCAGAUGGAGGUGUCACAAACAACGGUGUGUAGGUGGAAGAAGAACAAAGUCAUAAGAAAGCACACAAACGCAAUCAAACCGACUUUGAGUGAAAACAACAAGCUACACAGGUUAAGCUUUGCAUUAUCUAAAUGUGAAUAUGAUGAACAAAAUGAUGCAUUCAAGUUUAAGCCUUAUACUGACGUUGUUCACAUAGAUGAAAAACAUUUCUAUCUAACCCGAGAGACACAAACUUAUUACCUAGCUACGGUUGAAGUAGAACCACAUAGAGAGUGUCAAUCUAAGAGGUUUAUUCCCAAAAUCAUGUUCAUGUGUGCUGUCGCAAAGCCAAUAUUUACAACUAAUGGUGAUGUCUUUUUUGAUGGUAAGAUAGGAAUAUGGCUAUUUAUUACACAGGAACCAGGAAAAAGAACCUCGAAGAACAGGAAGAGUGGAGAGUUGGAAACAAAGCCAAUACAGUCAAUAACGAAAGAGCACAUUAGAGCAAUGCUUAUAACUAAUGUGUUACCAACCAUAAGAGCAAAAUGGCCUCAAGGUUUGUCAAGACACAUUUAUAUUCAACAAGAUAAUGCGAAGCCACAUAUAGCACAUAAUGACAGAGAAAUUUUGGAGGAGGCUAUGAAAGAUGGAUUUUAUAUACAAUUAGUGCAACAACCUCCAAAUUCCCCUGACAUUAAUAAUCUAAGUCCACAAUGUUUAAGGUUUGUAUUCAUCACUUUACAAGCUUGUAUGAUAGAGGUCAUGAAAAGACAAGGGGGAUUUGACUAUCACAUUCCUCACAUGAACAAAACAAAGGAAGCAAGGGAAGAGACUUUACCAGAUUACCUAUGGGGGAUUGAUCAAGGGACUAUGCAAGUCAAUGGCAAUGUUGACAUUGGAAUGUAG